UCAGGUGGCGGGACAUGUGAGUGUUGACCCAGGCUUGUGUGUAUAAAGCCCAUGACUGCAGGGUACAGAUUCAGUUCACUAGUACCACAGUUGGACCUGCACCAUGCUGCUUACUGUUCUUGUUGCCACAGUUUUGGCGUUGUCUGUGCCGGCCGUACAGGGACAGGUAUACGGCUGGGGAGGGUGCCCAGAUGUGUCCGUAGCACAGAAUUUUGAUGUGGACAGCUGGCUGGGCACGUGGAUAGAGAUCGCCCGCUUCCCCAGUAGUGUAGAGGAGGAUGUGGACUGUGGAACAGACACGUACACCAGACUACAGGACGGCAGGAUCAAGCUCCAGUAUAACGGCAUCAGAGACGGGAAGGCGAUAGACCAUGUCGACCCGCUGUACGCCGACCCAAAUACCGAGGAGCCAGCCAAACUUUCCGUGCCUUACUUCGGCCUCAGUUUCCUACCGGAGAUGCCCUACUGGAUUCUAGAGAUCGACCACGACCCCGACACUGGCUACUUUGUCGGGUUUACCUGUAUGGACGCCUGGGUUGGAAACAUGCAGAUUCUUUGGAUCUUCAGCAAAGAACGCGAGAUGGACGAGGAGAGACUGAAUGGCAUUCUGGGAAGGCUGGAGGAUCACGGGAUUGACACCAGCAAACUGGAGUACGUCAUACAGGACGACACCUGCCCCGCACUGCCCUGAGGACGACACCUGCUCUGGGAACGAGACGUCGUCAAGGGUCGCCAUUUUCCGCUAGGCAUUGACAUUUCGUCUGUGUAAAAGACUUUUUUUUUUCAAUUCGCCAUUAAAAAAUAUCAUCCUUACACGGGCCCAACAUUGCGUUAACGCUUUGAAGAUCGAUGUGAUGGUAAUAUAACCAUAAUUCUAAGUUAUCACAGUGACUGUGUCACAGAUAUUUGAAUAAAAACUCAUAUAUUUCA